UCACUUUGCACGAACAGCGAUGUGUGAGUGGUGUCUGUUCCUCACACUACAACGUCAAGAUGCUUUAAACUGCAAAGCUGCACCCAGGUCGUCUCUGCUCCGAAAGUAAGUGACACAAAAUCAUGGUCAUCACAAAAUAAAUCUCAAGCUGGGUGCUCAACAAGGGGCCCCACCAGAGUUCUGGAUCAUCAUCACUGUGGAUGAAGUGAAUGUGGGCAGAAAGAAAGACAGCGCGUUGCAGUGACCGAGAGGAAGAAGAGAGGCCGUGUGUGUUUUCACAAGCGGAGCAUGGAGUGGGGAAUGUCGGGUAGAAGUGGAGGAGCGCCUCGGGGGUGCAGCAACCCCAGCCUGCAGCCCCUCAGAGCCACCGUCCCGUACCAGCUCCAGAGGGGCUCAGCUCUCCUCUGCAGGGAGGUCAACACGGCUGACAGGAACACAGCUCGCCCACCGAAACCUACCAUCCGCCGAACGCUUUCUCUCGACGCCAUCGUCGGCCCCUACCUGCAGGGACAGUGGCCCAGAGAGGGAGAGAGCCAGGCUGUUACCUGUGUCAAUGACAAAGCCACACAGACACCAAGUUCCUGGGCAGAAGAGACCCGAGGGAGGAGAAGUUCCGGCAAACACAAGCGCUCAGCAUCGUGGGGUAGUGCAGAGCACCUGAGGGAGGUGGCCAAGCUGAGGAACCAGCUGCAGAAGCGUUCCCGCCACGUCCCUCCUUCAGCAGGGUACGAGCCCCCCCACCACCCCCUGCCAGCAGGUCAUGCAGCAGGCAUCACUCAGACUGUGCCCCUGAUGCGGCUGAACAGAAUCGCCCCGCGGCUGCGACGCAGUGUUGAAGGUCUGAACCUGGAGCUGGAAGAAGCGUUUGUCUCUGAGAAACCUGACGAUCAGCACGAGAUUUUGGAUAUCCCGGAUGGCCAUAGGGCCCCCGUCCCUGUUCAGAGGUGCAGCAGUGGCUCUCAGAGUGAGCCCUCCCCAGGGCCCCUGGAUCUGGAUCCUUCCCUCCUCUCUCCUUCUCAGUCUCCUUGUCCUCUAGAUCCAUCCCUGCUGUCUCCUUCAAAUUCCCCUUCUCCAUUGAACCCAUCUCUUCUGUCUCCAUCACAGUCUCCCUGUCCCAUGGGAGAGCCAGAGCUACUCGACUGUGAGACGCUAAGUCCCGCUCCAUCUACGCCGCUACCUCUGUUUGCCCUGGACCCCCCCCUGCUGCAGCCCUGCUCCUCCGCUACUCGUCCCAACAAAACCUACUCCUUCCAGCGCGAGCCGCCAGAAGGCUCUGAGCGAGUACAAAUGUGCGAGGAUCAAAUGUCUGCCUCUCGGGACGUGCCUCUCCUCCAGCCGUCCUGCCCUGACCGCAAUAAAGUCAACUUCACCCCUCAUGGAGGCUCCGCUUUCUGCCCUGUCAGCCUCCUGAAGCCCCUCCUGCCCUCCAUGGACCUUCUCUUCCGGGGCCUGUCAGUCUCUCCAGUCACAGGCUGCUCAGGUCAGGCCUCUCCCACCAGGCACCUGGGCCUGCAGUAGCCUCCUCUCAGGACUAAACCACACUGCCAGAACAUGCCUACAACUGACUGUGUUUUAAAUGUCACUGCUGUAACGUGCCAUGAUCACUGUGAGCAAAAAAAGGCUUUGUGGCUCACACUGAUUAUUUCCGCCUUCAGAAUGCUAUGUUAAGCUGAUAUUUACCUCAUCAGCACCUAUUAUAAGUAUUCCCUUAUGUGGGCUAUGGAUUAAGUCAGGGCUGGAGUUCUGGAAAUGCUGAGAAAAGUUUGAAGUCUGAGUUGUUGUUUUUGAUAAAACUAAAUAUUAUUUUAGUUGAUGCAUCAGCAUUUCAGAAAAAGAUUGCAAUCUGCUAGGGAUGUUUUCAUUUUUAAUGUCAAAGAGUGACUUCAAAGUAAUAAAAAAAAAAGCAAGCACUUACAACACGUGAGUAGUUUACUAUCCUUAAUUGUUAGUUAAGGAAUGGUUCAGUUUUAAGAUGAACUUUCAGCUUAAUUUUUUGAAACCAAGAACUUUUUGGAAAAUCUGUUGGUCAAUAGUUUAAUGGUAGCUGGCUUUUCUACAGAUGUACUUAUAGAAAGAUAUAUAUUUUUGUAUCUUUGUAAGGAAGCUGGUGAUAUAAUUUUAGUUUUCACUGAAGAAAAAAAAUAUUUCUGAUUAUACUUUAAAGUUUUACAGGCAAUAACGGAUGUUGGAAUAGCUUUACUUGCCUUCAGAGGGCAUUGUUUUUAACCAAACCUUUUGCAAUUUUUGUAAACCUUAUGAAUUGAAGUGGUCAAGCUUAGUGUUUUUGUUCAAUCUGAGCCUCUUUGGACCACAGGGAGAGGUUGAUUCCCUCUGCUCAAGUUAAUGUUCAAAUGGAUCAACACUAUCUCUGUUAGUAUGAUCCUAAGCAAAACUGAUUCAAAAAAAAUACAUAUCGAGAAAAAAUGUAUUUUUAUCAGCCCUUUUUUUCAGACAUGAUGUAGCAACCUUUUCCCACUUGUAAUGUUUAGUGUGCUGUUGCCAUUGUGAUAAAAUAAAAUAAACAGAUUUUC